UUCAGCUAUGUAACGUGUUUCGUCAGAACAUGGAGAUCGACCAGUGUCUGCUGGAGUCUCUCCCGUUUGGCCAGCGGCAGCGGCUGGUCAGGAGAAUGCGCUGUGACCAAAUAAGGGCGUACUACGAGCGGGAGAACACCCUGGAGAAACCGGGAGGCGGAGUCAAGGUCAAAGACCCGUCCAUCAGCCACAGGAAGAGGCAGCGCAUUUGCUUCAGCCUUGGUGAUGUCAUACAGGAUGCCAUCAUACGGCACGAUGACAAAGAAGUGCUGUGUCUGCUGAAGGAGGGAGCUGACCCCAACACUCCUAUCUCCUCUGGUGGUUCUCUUCUACACCUCUGUACACAUUAUGAUAAUGUCUGGUGUUCUGAAGUAUUAGUCUAUCAGAGGGGAUCCUUGGUACGUCCCUACCAGUGGCUGCAUGGUCUGUGCUAUCAGGGAUCCUUGGUACGUCCCUACCAGUGGCUGUAUGGUCUGUGCUAUCAGGGAUCCUUGGUACGUCCCUACCAGUGGCAGCAUGGUCUGUGCUAUCAGGGAUCCUUGGUACGUCCCUACCAGUGGCAGCAUGGUCUGUGCUAUCAGGGAUCCUUGGUACGUCCCUACCAGUGGCUGUAUGGUCUGUGCUAUCAGGGAUCCUUGGUACGUCCCUACCAGUGGCUGCAUGGUCUGUGCUAUCAGGGAUCCUUGGUACGUCCCUACCAGUGGCAGCAUGGUCUGUGCUAUCAGGGAUCCUUGGUACGUCCCUACCAGUGGCUGUAUGGUCUGUGCUAUCAGGGAUCCUUGGUACGUCCCUACCAGUGGCUGUAUGGUCUGUGCUAUCAGGGAUCCUUGGUACGUCCCUACCAGUGGCUGCAUGGUCUGUGCUAUCAGGGAUCCUUGGUACGUCCCUACCAGUGGCUGUAUGGUCUGUGCUAUCAGGGAUCCUUGGUACGUCCCUACCAGUGGCUGUAUGGUCUGUGCUAUCAGGGAUCCUUGGUACGUCCCUACCAGUGGCUGUAUGGUCUGUGCUAUCAGGGAUCCUUGGUACGUCCCUACCAGUGGCUGUAUGGUCUGUGCUAUCAGGGAUCCUUGGUACGUCCCUACAAGUGGCUGUAUGGUCUGUGCUAUCAGGGAUCCUUGGUACGUCCCUACCAGUGGCUGCAUGGUCUGUGCUAUCAGGGAUCCUUGGUACGUCCCUACCAGUGGCUGUAUGGUCUGUGCUAUCAGGGAUCCUUGGUACGUCCCUACCAGUGGCAGCAUGGUCUGUGCUAUCAGGGAUCCUUGGUACGUCCCUACCAGUGGCAGCAUGGUCUGUGCUGUCAGGGAUCCUUGGCUGGGGUGAAUGUUCUACUGCAGGAUGUGAACGGGAACAUUCCACUGGACUACACCACCGAGGGAACUGAGACCAGCUACAUCAUCCGAAAACACCUGGAGGAAAACGGUGUAGAUGUGCCGUCCAUGCACACCAUGCGUACGCAGAGGCCCAGCACCAUGUUGUCUGAUGUUAGACAGCUGGUCUCCAGCAGGGGCAGUCUCAACUUACGCAAUGAUGACGGGGUCACUCUGCUCCACAUAGCGUGUGCUAGCGGCUACAGAGAGGUGGUGUCUGUGCUGCUGGAGCACGGGGUGGACCCUCAGCCCUCCGACAACAGCUAUUGGACACCUCUCCACCUGGCUGCCAAAUAUGGACAGACAAGCAUCGUUAGCCAGCUGCUGAAGCACAGAGCAGAUCCAACUCUCCUAAACUCCAACCAAGACAAGCCCUCCGGCAUAGCAGCAUCCGACCCCAUCAUGAACAUGCUGCUGAGAGCAGAGGAAUGCUGGGUAGAGAGACUGAAGGACCCCUCUGUCCCACCGGCCCCUACAGACAAACGCUACGAUGGAGGCGAACACGACCACACCAUCCCCGUCAAGAACCUGACCCCCCUGUCCAUGCCCCUCUCUAAGAGGGACAGUCUGUUGGAGAAGUGUGCCAUGUUCAGGGAGUUGGGAGGGGGGCUGAGCAGAUAUCCUUCACAGGACAACGGUCUAGAUGGACCCACAGGACCCUGCAAACUGGAGCAGGUUAAGCUGAUGCCUCCGGCGCCUAAUGAUGACCUGGCAUCUCUCAGUGAGCUCACAGACAGCAGCCUGCUCUACGAGAUGCAGAAACGCUUUGGCAACGACCAGAUAUAUACCUACAUCGGACACAUUCUUCUCCUGGUCAAUCCGAACAAAGACCUCCCUAUCUACUCUACACUGGUGAGUCAGUUGUAUCUGAGUUCUUCAGGGCGUUUGUGCUCCUCUCUGCCUCCUCACAUCUUCUCCUCAGCAGAGAGGGCCUACCACAUGAUGCUGCAGGAGCGACGCCCACAAUGCUUCAUCCUCAGUGGGGAGAGUGGUUCUGGGAAGACGGAGGCCUGUAAACACAUAGUGAGACACCUGGCAGUGAGGUCCAACCCCAAAGGCUUCUCUCUUGAGCCCAGGAUGAAGCACGUGAACUGUAUCCUGGAGGCGUUUGGUCAUGCCAGUACUCCUGUGAAUGACAACUCCAGUCGCUUCAUCAAACUCCUCAGCCUGCAGUACUGUGACAAGAGAAGGACACUACUCAGAGCGAGGAUAUACACGUACAUGCUAGAGAAGUCACGGGUGGUCCACCUGCCUAGUCAGCAACACAACUUCAACAUCUUCUACCUGAUGGCUGAAGGCUUGUCGCCUGAGGAGAAGUGUGCCCUGUACCUCAACAACUUCCUAGCUCACAGGUACCUGACUGCAGGUGUUCCAGCAGUAGAUUCCCCUCCUGUGGCCACUGCCUCAACUCAGAGUAGAGACCGUCUCACUGCAAUCAAACAGGCCCUCAGAGCACUGGGCUUCAAUAAACUGGAAGUGGACAGUGUGUUUAUGCUGCUGUCAGCAGUGCUGCAUGUUGGGGACCUGUGCUUCACAGCCCUGACAGACGCUGAGAUAGCCUACCCCUCUGACCUGCAGCUGCUGGAGCGAGUGUCUGGAAUGCUACAGGUGUGUUCUGAUGACCUGAGUACUGCCCUCACCUCUGAUGUGCAGUACUUCAAAGGUGAUGUCAUCACACGCCGCCACACGGUGGAGAUGUCAGAGAACUCCAGAGACCAGCUGGCUAAGGCCGUGUACGGCCGUCUCUUCAGCUUCCUAGUCAACAACAGUAACUACUACCUACAGGGACAGGACCACAGCACGGGAGAUCCAGCGCUUGAGAUUGGAAUCCUGGACAUCUUUGGAUUUGAGGAAUUCCAGAGUAAUGGAUUUGAGCAGCUGUGUGUGAACAUGACCAACGAGCGUGUGAGGCUGUACGUCUCAGAGAUGCUGUUCCAUCAGGAGCAGGCCGAGUGUCUACAAGAGGCCAUCGCCAUGGAGACGCUCCGGUCGCCCAGCAACCAACCUGCUGUUCUAGACUUCUUCCUGAAGCCUCAGGGUCUGCUGUCUGUGAUGGAUGAGGAGAGCCAGUCGCUGAGACCUACAGAACAGACCCUCUACAAGAGACUGCAGUCACACCUCGACAACACACCCACACAUGGUAUCUCCUUGACAACCAAGGACGGCAACGGCAACCCCCCGCCCAUAGACCAGGGUCCUGCCUUCACUGUGAAACACUACACAGGCCAAAUGGCCUAUGACCUCACAGGAACACUGGUGAAGAACAAGGACUCCCUCCCCCAAAACCUGCUUCUUGUUCUGAAGUCCAGUGAGAGUGUGUUGGUGCAGCAGUUGUUCAAGUCCAAGCUGACCCAGACUGGGUCUCUGGUACCGGGCCAGGCCAGAAUGGCUCUGAGAGGGACCAAAGCAGCCCUGCUCCUUCACAGGAUGUCAUCCUCCUCCAGCCUCUCCCCCGCAGGCCACGAGCCCCGGAGGUACCUGGACCUCACCAAGCUCUUGAAGAAGAAGGGAGCGACCUCUUUCCUGCAGAGGCUGGAGAGGUGUGGUCCAGUUACGGUCGCUGUGCAGCUGAGGAACUCUCUGUCAGAGGUGGUCAGUAAGCUACAGGCGUGCACCCCUCACUUUGUGGAGUGUGUACGUCCCAACAGCAGUGACAUGGCGGACAGCUUUGACAGUUGCCACGUGUCUACCCAGCUGCAGUACGUCGGGGUGCUGGAGAUGGUCCGGAUGAUCCGCUAUGGCUACCCUGUACGCCUGCCCUUCAACAGCUUCCUCACCAGGUACAGAGACCUAGUGGACACCACUCUAGCUGACAAGAAGAAGCUUUCAUCAGAGGAGAAAUGUUGCUUUGUUCUGCAGCAGUGCAAACUCCAAGGAUGGCAGAUGAGCAGCAGUAAGGUAUUUCUGAGGUACUGGCAAGCUGACCAGCUCAACGACCGCUGCCACCAACUACACAGGAAGAUCAUCAUCUGCCAGAAAGUGAUACGUGGCUGGCUGGCCAGGCAGCGUGUGCGCCAUAGACUGUCGUCCCAGCCGACUGAGGACUGCAGUAUCCAGAGGUUCCUCCAGGGGGCAGAAGACCAGGGCCUGUGCACCUACGACCACCUGGUCAUCCAGAACGCCUCUGACAUCGCCCGCGAGAGCAACCACCAGCGCUGCCAUGGCAACGGGUCACACAGCAACAGUCCGCCCCUCGGUGAGAGGCCCGAGCCAGUUGGCGAAGAGGAAGACACCCCCAAAAGGGUUGUGGAGAAGAGGAGAAACCAAGACGGUUCUGUCAAUGGGGGGAGCCGGAAUAUCCGCCACUUCCGCUCCAGCUCAGUGCCCAUCCCCCUGGCUAUAGAGAACUUGGUACAUUCCAGCCAUGGCCCAUCCAUCAGACCGGCCCUUCAACAGGCGGCCCAUACCACUGAGGAUGGGGGAGGCCUGGCAUCACCACGGAAACAGCCUCCCCCUAAACCCAAGCGGGACCCCAGCACUCGUCUGAGUGCGUCCUAUGAGGCGGUCAGUGCCGGACUGACCCUGGGACCCCCGAGAGAGAGUCCCACUCCUGAGGGCUAUGGGUCCCCUGCAGGGAGCCCCCCCAAAACACAGCUGUCACCUACGGAUGCUCUGUCCAAGCCGCGACCCCACAGUGAUGACUACACAACCAUGAGGAAGGUGCCUCCUCCCAAGCCCAAGAGGAACCCCAACACCAAGCUCACUGGCUCCUAUGAAGAGAUCAACGCUGCCGGCUUUAACCUCCUCCAGCUCCGCCCCGCUGAUGUCAAACUGGCCCUGCUGUCCCGCACUGGAGGGCUAGGGGGUAUGGGGUGUCUGAGAGGGCUGAUACAGCGUGCAGCGUCUGUGGACGACCCACAGGGGGCGACACUGAGCCUGCACCAUAACCAGGAUGAGGAGGAUGUGUACAUAGAGAUGGUGGGGGCUCAGGGCAGGAGUUACAGUCGGGGAGGGAGUUACCAGGACCCCCCCGACAGCCCCGAGCAGGGAGACACCGAGGCCGUCUACGAGGAGAUGAAAUACUUCCUGCCCGAGGAGGCGGGACUUCCUCUGGGAGGGGCAGUUGCUGCGGCGAAAGCAGCUGGGAAGCUGGAGGCGUUAGGGUUGAUGUUAGGGGGGUUAGGGUUGGGCUUGUCUCCCUCUCAGAGUGGAGAGGGGAAGAGGGCAGGGCUGGGGGGUGUAUUUACUACCAUGGAGGCCCAAACAUCUGCCGCCGGAGGAAACAGCAAGCCCCCUCAUAGUAAAGAAGGAGGGUGUGACAUCCCUGCACCAUUCCCCAACCUGCUCACCCACCGCCCCCUCUCCUGGUGUUCCCCCUCCCCUGUCACCUGUUCCCCUGCGUCUGACGAGUCCCCUCACCCUCUGGAGGUGAAGAAGCUGCCUGUGUUUGAGUCCAACCUGAACUACGCUGGCCCAGACAGCCCCCUCUCACCUCAGUACUACCGCCAGCGCGCUGACUUCCCCUCUCUUUCCGUCCUCCUCCCAGACAAGCCCAAUCCUCCCUCACCCCUCCGCCUCCCCUCCUUCCGCCAAUGCCCUGCCCCCCUAUCGCCCCCUCCCACUUUCCCUUCCCCCCCAGAGUCCAGCAUACUCUCCCUUACCCGGGCUGCUUCUAUCACGGGUGGGGGCGGCUUGGACUCUCCCAAGCCCUCCUACGCCUCCUCGUCUCAUAGGGCUGCGGGGGACAAGCCCCCUCCCUACUCUCCGGCCAAGUCCACCCGCCCAGAGCCGCGCCGUGCCCACUCCUGCUCAUCCUCACCCCUGCUGUUCAACCCAGCCAACGGGAGACCCCUGACCAGCCCUCAGCCAGCCCUGGAUGAGCUCAACACCCUGUUCAGCUCUGGACGCAGCCUGCUCAAGAAGACCACUACAGGACGCAAGAUGAGGGAGGAAGGGUUCAACUCCAACAUCAACCUGCCAGGGAGAGAUGAGCCCCCAGGCUCCACCCCCUCCUCCCCGUCUCCACAGCUACAGGACAAGAACGCCAACAACCACGCCCCCCACUCCCCAAGCCACACCCCCGUAGAGAAUGGCAACCGGCUGUCUAAUGGUUCAAUGGAAGAUGAGGGUCACAUCAAGUCAAACUCCUCCAGCUCAUCGUCUCUGCACAGACAUAUGGACAGACAUCACACCCAGGUGAUCCAACAUCUGCGUUGGUGUGGGGGAAACGCGGGUGCUGACCUGGGGGAGGGGCGGGCCGACUGGAGGACCCAACAGGACACCAACGGAACACUACGAAACCCGGAUACUACGCUGGUCUGGGCCAAUAGGAGGUCCUCUCCGUAGUGGGAGGAUGACCGACCGACCACCCCUCUCCUCUCCUCACACAUCCUCUCCUGUCUACACCCUGCCUCCUGCCCCUCCCUCCUGCCCAGGUCUGCCACCCCAUUGGGCAAAGGACAGGUCCAUCAGAGAGUGAGACAAUGCAUAAGAUAAGACAAUCCAACGGACAAGAGCAUUUACAAAGAAAGGAGGGAGAAAUGGAAUAGAGCAGCAAUCACAAUCCACGUCCCUCCUUCCUCUCUCUCUCUCUGUCUCUCUCUCUGUCUCUCAGUCUCUCUCUCUCUCUCUCUCUCUCUCUCUCUCUCUCUCUCGCUCUCUCAUCUGAUAGUAAGAGGGGGCUUGGCGUGACAGAGCAGGGAUUGCAGAAGUUCUGUGAACAGGGACUCUCCUCCAGCUCAGAACCCAGAGAGGGAGCCUCGUCAUUGGGCUAGAUCUGUGCCUAUGUGCAGAACAGAGCAUGUGUAUACCCCCCUGUACAUAUCCUCUGUUGAAUCUCACUGGUCUGGUGUUCAGAACAGUCAUCAUCUCUAGGACCAGGAAGUUUUUCAGAUCAUGUGAUCUGAGCAGGUAAAACUCAUGUCUAGUCCUCUGAACUCCUUCAGGUAUCAGCUACCACUUUAGCCUCGCACAGGCAACUAGGUGCUUCAGGUGCUUCUGUAACCCUGGCAACAAUAGAUCAGAGGUCAAGGAGACCCCAACGUGCACUUCUUUCACCCCCUGCUAGCCACCAGCCUUUCACUUUAGCACAAAACUGUAUGGAAGAGCCACAACAAACACCAUACUGAGUGCAGAUAUGCACUGCCCCCACCGGCCCAGUGAUGGAUACUAAUCCCAGAAAACACGCUAAAAGUAUUACUGACUAGACAACACAAAAGCAAAGCUGUUUUGACAACGAUGGGGAUAGUAGCUAGUUCAUGUAGAAAGAAUGCCAUUGGUCAGAUUGUAUCAAUGUUCUGUAAGGUUUUUACUGGCCUUAGUGCCAUAUAACCGGAGGCCAGUCAUACUCAACUACAGAUAAUGUAUUUUACUGAUGAGUUAAUGUGUAAAGCACACAAACAGACUGAAUAGGGAACAUUGUAGAUGACCAACACACAACUAUCUCUGGCAGUCCCUCAAUGUACUUCUUAUCUAGAUUUAUUUUACAAACAUCUCAUAGAAAUAAACUGUAGUUUCUUCAUAUUAGUACUUUCUUCAUAUUAGUGUCCCAUUCGCACCUGAAUCGUUUGAUGUGUUACAUCUUAUGUAAAACAAUGUUAGGAGUCUACAAGUUUCUGUAGAAUUCAAGGCUGCAACUCAAGCACAACUGAGUUCUCAAGUAAAGCUUACCCUCAACCUCCUCAUUCCCACACCCUGUCUCCUCAUUACCCUCCCAACCUCAAUAAUAUCCCAUCACCGCCUCCAGGAUGCUGUAGGGGUUAGAGGGCGUUGCCAGGGUAACCUCCCUGUAAAUAAUGGCUGACGUUUAAUGUGGUUUUGACUAUAUGAGCUACAGCAUAUGUCAGAAUAGACUUUUCAUAGCAGGUUAGAAGAAUGUACGCAGCAGGUUAGGAGAAUUAGGUUGUUAGGAAAAGGGUUAGAGUUAGCUAAAAUGCUGUAUCCCAUCUAGCCAUGACCAUUUAAUGUCCAAAUGUUUUAUUUACUAUAGCAGAAGAGCACAGAAAUGGAAAGAUGGAAAGAGAAAAUUGUCUAUAUGGAAGAUAGUUUCAUGCAAUGACUGAGGCAAAGAGCAGAGGUUUAUUUUAUAAUGUGAAUCCCUUUUUUUGCCAUAUGAUUGCCUAUUGAUAUGAAACUUCAUUAUCCUGUAUUUAUCUUUGUGUGUUUGUUUGUUUCCCUGUGACUCCAUUGUAAAACUGUUCCAGUGGAGAAAGACUGAUGUUUCCAUCAUUUAUUUGUCUGAUUGUUGUUAGGAUG